GGGGAAGGAGCUCCGGCCCUCGACGCAACGUUAACUUCUAAAUAUUAUACCGCGCACGCUGCUUUAUUUUGCCUCCUUCCUCCCUUGGGUGACUUGUUUUACUGGACCUGGUUUACACACGCCCUACCGAUCGACCCCUCACUGCUUUUCUCGCUGUGGUGGCUCGUCUGUAGAAAAAGAUGUCGGCAGCAACGGCUGUGGUGACAGCGGCGGAAAAAGUGGAUGGGUUCACCAGGAAAUCCGUGCGGAAGGCGGCCAGGCAGAAGCGAUCGCAGGGAUCGUCGCAAUUCAGGAGUCGAAGCAGUCCGGUUGAGAUCCAGCUGCUCCCGCCCCUUAAAGAUGCUCCAAAUGCUGAUCAGCAUGAUCUGUUCUGUCAGAAACUACAACAAUGCUGUGUUAUUUUUGAUUUCAUGGACUCAGUUACCGACCUAAAGAGUAAAGAGGUCAAAAGAGCAACACUGAAUGAAUUGGUGGAUUUCCUCACAUCCAACAGAGGUGUGCUUCUUGAACCAGUGUAUCCUGAAAUAGUGAAAAUGAUUACCUGUAAUAUUUUCAGAACUCUUCCUCCCAGUGAUAAUCCAGACUUUGAUCCAGAAGAAGAUGAACCAUCAUUAGAAGCCGCAUGGCCUCACAUGCAGCUUGUGUAUGAAUUUUUCUUGCGGUUUCUGGAGUGUCCAGACUUCCAGCCUAGUGUUGCAAAAAGAUUCAUUGAUCAGAAAUUUGUACUUCAGCUUUUGGACUUAUUUGAUAGUGAGGACCCACGUGAGCGUGAUUUUUUGAAAACGGUUCUGCAUCGUAUUUAUGGAAAAUUCCUUGGACUUCGAGCAUUCAUCAGGAAACAGAUCAAUAAUAUUUUUCUACGGUUUAUAUAUGAAACUGAUCACUUUAAUGGAGUUGCAGAACUGCUGGAGAUAUUAGGAAGUAUUAUUAAUGGGUUUGCACUGCCACUGAAAGCAGAACAUAAACAAUUUCUUAUGAAGGUGCUAAUUCCCCUUCACACUGCUAAAGGUUUAGCUCUCUUUCACGCACAGUUGGCUUAUUGUGUGGUACAAUUCUUGGAAAAAGAUGCAACUCUUACAGAACCAGUCAUUAGAGGAUUACUAAAAUUCUGGCCAAAAACUGUAAGUCAAAAAGAGGUUAUGUUUUUGGGUGAAGUAGAAGAAAUUUUGGACGUGAUAGAACCUUCUCAGUUCAAAAAGAUUCAAGAACCGUUAUUCAAGCAAAUAGCUAAGUGUGUGUCAAACCCACACUUCCAGGUUGCAGAAAGAGCUUUAUAUUUCUGGAAUAAUGAAUACAUUCUUAGCCUAAUUGAAGAUAAUUCUGAGAAAAUUCUACCAAUUAUGUUUGGUAGUUUAUACAGAAUCUCCAAGGAACACUGGAACUCAACCAUUGUAGCACUUGUUUACAACGUACUAAAAACUUUAAUGGAGAUGAAUGGGGCACUGUUUGAUGAACUUACAGCAUCAUAUAAAGCAGAAAGACAGCGUGAAAAGAAAAAGGAACAGGAGCGUGAGGAACUUUGGAAAAAUCUUGAAGAGUUGCGGCUCCAAAGGAGUCAUAAACUUUCUGAAGUACAGAAUGAUACCCACAAUCCACAAAAUACUCAAGACAACAAAUCAAGUGCCAAAUGACCAGCAUUGACAUUGACUUAUAGUUGCAGAGUGAUUGGGUAUUUCAUACAUAUUUUGGGAUAUGUGUGGACAAAAUACAUACACAAGACAAACCUUCAGCAGUAUACUUCCAAAACUGACCAGCUAUCUGAUGAGCUGUAAACUAUGUUAAAAGGAACAGAUAUGAACUUUGAACAUUACUGUGUGACCACAAUAUUUGUAACUUUGUCUGAUCAUGAAUUUAUUAUGUCACUUUUUAGAAUUCUCAGAGAAUAAAUGAAUUUAUCAUUUGUGGCCAGAGUGAAAAUAAUUGGUGGAAUUAUGACUUGAAAAAAAUAAUUUUCUGAUUGUGCUGCACAUAGAAAAUUAGUCAGCUAUUUAAAUAUAGAUUUUUCCUAUUUUAUAUGUGCUUCUCACAUGCUAUGGACCUUGAGUGACCUGAAGGGGAGCAAGUUAUGCCUACAGAAAAAAACAUUAGAAAUACAAGCAUAAAAUAUUGUAUGUUUUUCUUCAACUAAUUAUUCUGAUGUUACAUCAGAGAACCAUUCCAUUAUGUAAAUUUUUGGCAGUGUGAAGCUCUUUUGUAAUAAGACACCUUAUUUGGGGUUCUGAGCAACAUUCAAUAAAGUCUACAUAAUAUUUGUAUUUGGAUUUCAACAUUUUUAGCUUUUUUUGUUUUACAAAGGAAGAUAUAUAGUUUCUGAUGGAGUUAGAUGAAUCUCAACUGGCUAUCUUGAACAAUAUAGGUUAAAUAUCCAUUCCUAGACUUUCACUUGUUGGAAAGAGCACUGUUUGUUUUUGCUUAUCAUCAGUUUCAGAUGAGAUUGCGCAUCAUUAACACAAGUAACUGAAGAAAGUCUCAAAUGUAAAUUUUCUAGACAUUCAAAAGUCAGGAUGCUUUUCUAAAACUGGAUUACAGGGUACAUUUUGUUUGAAUAGGAGAGUGCAAUAAGACCAUAAGACAUUUGUGAAGGAUUCUUAAUCGCCAGCUAGCUCUACUUGAGCAUGCAGAAUACAUAUGAACAUCAUCAUCAUCAUCAUUAUGUGCCGUGCCGUUAUGAUGUGGGCAAUCAUGGUCUUGACUAUAAUUGUUCUUGUUGGGAAAUUUUUCUACAGAAGUGGUUUGCCAUUACCUUCUUCUGGGCAACGUCUUUACAAGACGUAACCCUGGCCAUUAACUCUUCAAAGAUUCUCUGCUGGCGUCAGUGGUCGCAUAACCAGGACUUGUGAUAUUCACCAGCUACUCAUAUGACCAUCCACCAUCUGCUCCCAUGGCUUCAUGUGACCCUGAUCGGGUGAGUGAAGCAGGUGUUACACCUUGCCCAAGGAUGUUCUCCAGGCCUUCCCUGCCAUCCAUACAUAUGAACAUAUGUUUGUAUUAUGGAUGCAUCAGUUUUUAAACAAGGGAGAUACUAGAGACAAUGUUGAUCUUAGACAAUGUAUUUAUAUGCCUGGGAUUGUUUAAUUUUUUUACUAUCCUGUUUGAUCAUCUUUAUUCACACAGCGCUGCUGAGCUCUAAACCUGUGUCAAAUACAAGCCACAAUAAAUUUGGUCUCCUGUAUUGAACUGUUUUGUGAUAAUAUACUUUAUUAAGCUAAAGAAUAUUUACAGCAGAAAUGUUGGAUUUCUUUAACAUUGUCCUGAAAUGGUAAGUACAGGCUUUAUUAGAUAAACUAGCAAAGGGAAUAUAAUUAAGAAAGUAUGAGAGGGAGAGAAAUAUUCACUCAUUGGCCACUUGAUUAGGUACACCUGCUCCUUAAUGCGGCAACAACUCAAUGCAUAAAGCAUGCAGACAUGGCCAAGAAGUUCAGUUGGUGGUGAACAUGUCUAUGGAGCAUGUGGUGACGGCAUUAAAUUGAACUGUUGUAAUGUGAUGGGGAACAUAAUGCUGCAUAUGGAGCGUGUGUAGUUCAUAAAAAAACAGCUGAGGUUUAGCACAUGAGACUGAAAUCCAGCAGAAGGUCAAGGAAGUUGAUGAGGGUGAGAGGUUUGUACCCAGAAUCCAUGUACAACAAGAAAUGGUUUGUUAGCUCACUCAUUUAUUCCUAAUGAAACUUUGAUAGUGGAUAAGGUAGUAUUUGUGUCCUUUAUGGCUGAUGUAGUCAACUGUACCUCUCAAGCUAAGAGUCAAAGAGAGAAAACAAGAAUUAUUUUGAAGGCUGCAAAUAAAUAUCUUGGUAUUGCAGGUUUGUUGUUAGAGAUGGUAUGUGAGGUGUUAGAUGAUGGAACUCUCAGUUGAUAGUCUCUUGAUUAAUGCUGCUUACUAUUUUACAGUGAAAUGCCAGGAAUUUGAUUGUUAAUGGUCAGGAAUUUAAAGUUUGUGGAGGAUAUAUAUGGCUUCUCUCCCAGAUGUUAUCCGUAUUCAAAAGACUUAGUUGAAAGCUCAGUUGGAUUUUGUAUUACAAGGAUAUGAUGUAGUACGGAGGGAUCGGGGAUACGGGUGUCAGUGUGGUGUAGCUACUUUUGUCAAACAUGAAAUAGGGUAUAGGGUGGGACAGGUAGGCGAAUCUUAUGAGCUUGUGGU